AUGAGGUCUACAUUCGUGUCUAAGUCUCAUUACCACAAGUUAAGAGGGGAGUUGCAAGACUUGAGGCAAGGCAAUAAAAUUGUCAUGGACUAUUACUACGAGUUGAUAGCUCUAAAGGGAAAAGUGGGUCAUGAAGAGAGUGAAGAAGCUACCCAAGACCGCUUCAUUCACGGCCUCAACGUACACUUGAAACAUAAGGUCCAAAUUGAAGCCAUGAGGGGCUUGACCAUGGACGAAGUCGUUGGUUUUGCCGAGACAUUUGAGAGGCAAGGGAAAGAGAAGUCUGUGAGCAAGGGCAAGGUGACCACCCAACACACCUCGGCGAGAGCCGGUGGAAGUAGGUGGAGUGCACCCUUUAGGAAGGAAUGGGUAGGCCAUGCGGCUAACCCCAUCAAUAAGACCCCAUUGAAGGCAUUACCGGCCCCACCACCAGCAAAGGGGACGGAACAAGUGGUCGAAAGGAGAGCCCAAUGCUUCAAAUGCAAAGGGUAUGGUCACUAUGCCCGGGAGUGCAUCAAUCAAGGGGUGAUGGUGAUAGGGCAAGAUGAGAAUAUCUAUAGUGAAGAUGAAGAGGGGUCGGAGAUUGGUGGAGACGAGGAGCUUUGCCCAAAUACUAAUGACAUGGUGGUCCUAAGGGUGCUAAACGUACAACCAAGGCAAGAGGAGCACAAGGAACAACGCGCUAACAUCUUCCACAUGAAGUGCAAGGUGUUAACCAAAACUUGCUUAGUAAUCAUCGAUGGAGGGAGUUGCACCAACGUGAUUAGUGACAAGCUAGUCCCCAAGUUGAAACUACAAGAGAUGAAACAUCCAAGCCCCUACCGGCUACAAUGGUUGGGAGAUAGUGGGGAUCUCAAGGUCACUACACGAGUCAAGGUCCCAAUGAGAGUGGACAAGUUCGAGGAGGAAGUGCUUUGUGAUGUCAUUCCAAUGUCCGUGUGCCACAUACUACUUGGCCGACCUUGGGAAUACGACAACAAGGAAUUUGAAGAUGUGUUCCCAGAAGAGCUUCCCAAUGAGCUACCACCUAUUAGGGGAAUUGAACAUCAAAUGGAUUCCUUGCACGGGGCGUCCCUACCGAAUUGGCCCGCCUACAAGGCCAAUCCGAAUGAGACUAAGGAGUUACAAAUGCAAGUUGAUGGACUCCUUGCCAAAGGUUUAAUUCGUGAAUCUCUUUCCCCUUGUGCCGUGCCGGUCAUACUUGUACCUAAGAAAGAUGGUUCGUGGCGAUUUGUUGUGGGGAAGGAUGGUGUCAAUGUGGAUGAGGAAAAGGUUCGGGUCAUAAAGGAGUGGCCUACACCUAGGAAUGUUAGUGAAGUUCGCUCUUUCCACGGCCUUGCUAGUUUCUAUAGAAGGUUCGUAAGAGACUUCUCUACCAAAGCCGCUCCUUUAAAUCAUCUUGUUAAAAAGAAUGUUGUUUUUAAUUGGGGUAAGGAGCAAGAACAUGUUUUUCAAGCCUUGAAGCACGAUCUCACACAUGCACCUUUACUUACUUUACCCAAUUUUGAGAAAACUUUCAAGUUGGAGUGUGAUGCUAGUGGUGUGGGAAUUGGGGGAGUUUUGAUGCAAGAAGGGAGACCUAUUGCGUAUUUCUCGGAGAAAUUAAAUCAAACUCAUCUAAACUAUCCCACUUAUGAUAAGGAGUUGUAUGCAAUUGUAAGGUGUUUGAAAAAUUGGCAACAUUUCUUGAUGCAUAGGGAAUUUGUUAUCCACACGGACCACGAGUCCAUCAAGUUUUUGAGUGGGCAACACAAGCUUGGCAAGAGGCAUGCUAAGUGGAGUAACUUCUUGGAGACUUUUCCCUACGUCAUCCAGUACAAAAAGGGAAAAGAAAAUGUGGUCGCCGAUGCCUUGUCUCGUCGACAUGAGGGCUAUCUUUUUAAGGAAAAUAGGUUGUGCAUCCCGCAAGGGUCAUGGAGAGAGGUUCUUGUGAGGGAAUCCCAUCUUGGGGGGUUGAUGGGGCAUUUUGGGGUAACUAAAACUUAUGAUAUCCUAUGUGAACAUUUCUAUUGGCCCAAAAUGAAGAGAGAUGUUGAGAGGUUUUGUGGGGGGUGCAUCGAGUGUAGGAAGGAUAAAUCCAAGUCAAAUAACUUUGGCCUAUACACACCCUUCCCUACCCCUACACACCCAUGGGUUGACCUAUCUAUGGACUUCGUGCUAGGAUUACCCUUAUCCCAAAGAAAGAAUGAUAGCAUCUUUGUAGUGGUCGAUCGUUUCUCCAAAAUGGCUCAUUUCUUGCCAUGUUCAAAACACAAUGAUGCCAAACACAUUGCCGACUUGUUCUUUAGGGAGAUAGUUAGGAUCCAUGGUAUUCCCCGGACCAUAGUUAGUGAUAGAGAUGUCAAGUUCCUUAGUCACUUUUGGAAAACUCUUUGGAGGAAGUUGGGGAGCAAACUUUUAUUUUCCACCACCGUCCACCCCCAAACCGAUGGCCAAACCGAGGUAGUGAACCGAACACUUGGGGGAUUACUUAGAGCCUUGGUAAGUGAUAAUAGGAAGUCUUGGGAACUUUGUCUUCCCAUUGCCGAAUUUGCUUACAAUCGGACUACCCAUUCCUCUACUAAUUUUUCUCCCUUUGAAAUUGUUUAUGGGUUCAAUCCACUAACCCCGAUGGAUCUUGCUACGUCGGACUUGCCUUCUUCUCUUGUUUAUUGGGCUUGGGUGCAUUUCCGAAGGAUUCGCUUCCCGGACAAAGUAAAGUCCAAGCUCGCACCACGAGGAGAUGGACCGUUCCAAAUCAAAAAGAGGGUCAACAACAACGCCUAUGUCGUCGACCUCCCAGUUGAGUACAAUGUUAGUUCCACAUUCAAUGUCUCUGACUUGAACCCUUUUGACGUCUCAGGAGUCGAGUUGGAUUUGAGGACAAAUCCUUCACAAGAAGAGGGAGAUGGUGCGAAUCCACAAGUCUCGCAUCAUUUGAUCAACCCCACCAAGGACAUUCAUCGACCAAUGACGAGGGCAAUGACAAAGAAGAUGCAAGAAGCUUUAAGUACAUUCAUCCGUGGAAUAAGCUCAUCCGAAGAGAGUGCUCGAGUAAGGGACGACCGGAAGCUGAAAAUGGUACUCAAGGCCUCGUGGGAGGAGGGAACGGAAGCGACGCCCGUCAGGACAUGA